CGUCCCGUCCAGCCUGGCAGGUGUGUGUGGGGGGAGGGGAGUGGUGUGGUGCCACUUAUAUACGAGCCAGUGGGGCUGAACCUCACACCGAGCAAGUCCAGAUUCCAGCCCUCGCCUGCCCCAUGGUCUCAGACCCCUCGAUCCCAGCGUCACCAUGAGCCCUGUCGCUUCGAGCUGGCUGCUGGCGGGAGCCAUCCUAGUCCUAGUGCUGGGGGACCCCACGGACGCCUGCACCUGCGCCCCCCUGCACCCCCAGACGGCGUUCUGCCAUGCCGACGUCGUGAUUCGGGGCAAGUUCGUGGGGGUCACUCCGCCGAGCCCCACCAGAAGCACUGAGGAGUUCGAGUCCUGGAUUCGCUAUGAGAUCAACGUCACAAAGACCUACAAGGGGCCCGAGUCACCGGGGGACGUGAUCUUCAUCGACUCCUGGCAGAAGUUCUGUGCGUACCAGCACUCGGCGCCCCUGGACGGGAAGGAGGAGUACCUCAUCAUGGCCGAGCGGCAGGGUGAGCACCUGGUUAUCUCGUUGUGCUCCUUCGUGCACUCCUGGGGGAGCGUCCCCCCCAGCCAGCGCCGUGGGGUCAGCCAGGCCUAUGGAGAGGGCUGUGGCUGUGAGGUGGUGUGGUGUCGCUCCAUGCCCUGCGAGCUGUCGGGCGACGCCCAGUGCCCCUGGACCGUUGGGCUGGAGGACUGGGACUGGAACUGGCAGGGGCCCCAGGCCGAGCGCCAGGCCUGCCUGCCCCGCCCCAGCCAGCCCCUCGAGGACAGCUUCUGCGCCUGGGAGACCCUUGACGACAGCUUCUCCGAGGCCACAGCCAACUCCCCCGGACUGUGACCCCCCGAAAAUACCCUGACCCCCAGAACUGUCACCCCCUCUCCCUUUGUUCCCCCACCCCAGCUCGGGCUUGGUUAAAAUGAUUUUGCUGAGUUUGAUUCUUAAUAAAUAAAUUGCUGGAA